AUGUCAGCGCUCCUGGCUCCUUGCUUCUUCAGCUGUGGCCACCGUGUGAACGGCCCACUCCGGCACAUACGUCUGCUGCUGACUGUGUGGGAGAAUGCAGGUGGUGAGUGUCCAGCUCCCGUGUCUGUCGGCGCAGGUCUGCCCUGGGCGUCGAGGGCCCCGGGGAGGGGCCCCUUGCGGUUCGCCUGCGACCAGUGCGGCAAGGCCUACAACCUGCGGCACACCCUCCUGCGGCACAUGCGGCUCGAGUGCGGCAAGGAGCCCCAGUUCCAGUGCCCGCACUGCCCCAAGCGCAGCAAGCGGAGAAGAACCCUCGGUCCGGACCAGCGCGGGGCGUUGUGGGGGCUCGGGGGCGGGCCCUCGCUGUUCGCCUGCGACCAGUGCGGCAAGGCCUACAACCUGCGGCACACCCUCCUGCGGCACAUGCGGCUCGAGUGCGGCAAGGAGCCCCAGUUCCAGUGCCCGCACUGCCCCAAGCGCAGCAAGCGGAGAAGCAACCUCCUGCAGCACAUCCGGAUCAUACACGGCCUCUGA